CGCGGUUUCUCUGGUGAUGGUACAUAUUAUGACGUUGGGCCAGGUUCAUGUGGUAGUUACAACAGCAACAAUGAAUACGUUGCCGCGUUGAACAAAGAACAAAUGGGCUACGCAUCAAACCCUAACGAGAAUCCCAACUGUGGUCGUCGUGUGCGUGUAUCAGGUCCCAACGGUCGCACCUUGACUAUAACUAUUGUUGACAUGUGCCCUGCUUGUGGUUAUGGAUCUCUUGACUUGAGUCCUGUAGUAUAUCGGCAACUUGGAGGAGGAUCUGCAGGACGUAUCCACAUCAACUGGAGCUGG